AUGGCUGGUCUAGAAGCCAUCAAAUAUGGCAGAGGAAGACUGGAGGUCUUAGAUCAGUUGAGACUUCCGCAUGAAUUUGUGUAUGAUAAUGUCUCUACUUGUGAAGAGGCAUUUGAUUCCAUCAAGUCGAUGCGGGCCCCGGCAAUCGCGAUUGUGGCAGCUCUUGCGCUGGCCGUAGAGCUUCAUCAUAAGAAAGACGAUUCUAAGACGAAGCAAGAAACUAUUCAAUAUAUUAACAAACGUCUUGAUUAUCUCCUAGGUAGUAGACCAACCGCCGUCGAUCUCUCAAAUGCCAUUAAACUUCUCAAACGAGUCUCUCAAUCUGCGGCGGAGACUACCUAUGCAAAGGAUGGCAGUGCUGCUUGUGCGGAUGUUCGAAAAGGUUACAUUGAUGCGGCAGAGAAGAUCUUAGAAGAUGAUCUUACCAACAACUUGGCAAUUGGUAGAUAUGGAGCGGAAUAUCUAAGACGACAACAGAUGCCGAUUGGAUGGACGGAAAAUGAUGAGGAUUAUUCAAAAUAUUUCACUACGAGUCCACCUUGCACGCAAGGAGCACCGGAUCAGACAUAUAGAAAGUUGAGCGUUCUCACGCACUGCAACACUGGCUCCCUUGCUACUUCCGGCCACGGUACUGCCUUGGGGAUAAUUCGCAGCUUGCACAAAAUGAACUACCUCGACCACGCCUAUUGUACCGAAACUCGCCCCUACAAUCAAGGCUCUCGUCUUACUGCAUUUGAGCUAGUCUAUGAAAAGAUUCCCUCAACACUCAUAACCGAUUCUAUGGCCGGCGCUCUUUUCGCCCGGAUGAAGGAGAGCCGCAACAUCUCCGCCGUCAUCGUAGGCGCAGACCGCGUUGCUCGUAAUGGUGACACUGCCAACAAAAUCGGAACCUAUUCUCUUGCUGUCCUUGCAAAAGCUCAUAACAUCAAAUUCAUUGUUGCAGCACCUACAACAAGUAUAGAUCUCGAGACAGCUUCAGGAUCAGACAUAAAAAUCGAAGAUCGUCCUCCUCAUGAACUUACUCAGAUCACCGGAGCGGUAGUAGGGAAAGAUGGGCAUGUAGACGUAAAUACUACGGCCAGAGUAGCAAUUGCACAUCAGGGAAUCAAUGUUUGGAAUCCGAGUUUUGACGUUACGCCGAGUAUGUAUAUUGAUGCGGUCAUUACGGAGAAGGGAGAGGUUGUUAGAAGUGCGAAUGGCACAUUCGAUUUCAAAACUAUUAUGCCGGAGAGGUGGGCACAGCAAGUUGAGGGGAAAGAGCUAAGUGUGGGGGUGAAUGGGAAAGGACAAUCAGAUGAUGGAACACUGUUUCAAAUGGAGAAUAUCUGA